AUGUUUGUUAAGCUUGCAGAAUUGUCUCUGCUUCUGCUUUUGGUUGUGUGGUUUGCGGAUUCAGAAAAUUCUGGUUUCACCUACAAUGGCUUCCGAGGUGCUGACUUGAGCAUGGAUGGUCUUGCACAAAUAACACCAAGCGGCCUAUUGAUGUUAACCAACCGCUCUGCACAGCAGACAGGUCAUGCCUUCUAUCCCUACCCACUCCAAUUCAAGAACCAACCGGACGGUGAAGUCUUCUCUUUCUCUACCAGUUUCGUGUUCGGCAUCAUCCCUCAGCACGAGUACUCAGAUAUAGGCGGCAAUGGAAUGACUUUCGUGAUCGCACCAUCAAGAGGUCUCCCAGGUUCUCUACCAAGCCAAUAUCUAGGUCUCUUCAACGGUUCGAACAACGGAAACUCAUCUAACCAAGUUGUUGCAGUUGAACUCGACACAAUUGAUAACAUUGAAUUUGCUGAUAUCAAUAAUAACCAUAUAGGUAUUGACAUUAACAACUUAACGUCUGUUGAUUCCGCACCGGCGUCUUAUUUUACUGAUAAAAAUGGAGCGCAUAAGAACCUAACCCUCAAAAGUGGAAAAGCAAUGCAACUGUGGAUCGAAUAUGAUGGUUUCAAUACUCGAAUUAAUGUGACAUUAGCUCCGAUUAAUGUGCCUAAACCAGAUAUCCCACUCUUGUCCGUGGUUUAUGAUCUUUCUCCGAUCAUAAAAGACCAAAUGUACGUUGGCUUCUCGGCAGCUGUGGCCUCAGUUCUCACAUCCCAUUACGUGUUAGGAUGGAGCUUUAAGAUCAAUGGUCCAGCCAACAAGCUUACUCUCUCUCAACUUCCUAAGCUUCCUCGAGAAGGACCCAAACAGAAAUCUAAGUUUGUCACAUUUGGGUUGCCCAUUAUUGGCCUCGUUUUAAUGUCCACCGUGAUCGCCGGCAUUCUUUUUAUAUUGAGAAGGAAGAGAAAGUUCGCUGAAGUACAUGAGGAUUGGGAACUGCAGUAUGGGCCUCAUAGGUUCAAAUUCAAGGAUCUCUAUAUCGCCACCAGAGGAUUCAGCGAAAAGGAGCUUCUGGGUAUGGGCGGUUCCGGUAGGGUGUACAGAGGCAUACUACCCACUUCCAAAGUCGAAGUUGCAGUGAAGAGAGUGUCCCAUGAAUCAAGACAGGGAAUGAAAGAAUUUGUUGCCGAGAUUGUUAGCAUCGGUCGGCUGCGUCACCGGAACUUAAUACCACUCUUGGGCUAUUGUCGGCGUAAAGGAGAACUUUUCUUGGUCUACGAUUACAUGCCGAAUGGAAGUUUGGACAAGUUCAUCUUGGAGCAACCGAAGUCUACACUCAACUGGGGUCAAAGAUUUGGAAUCAUCAAAGGGGUUGCAUCCGGGCUGUUUUAUCUACACGAAGAAUGGGAGAAGAUCGUUGUUCACAGAGACGUAAAGUCCAGCAAUGUCCUAUUAGAUAGCGAAUUCAAUGGUAGAUUGGGAGAUUUCGGACUGUCGAGGCUAUACGAUCAUGGAACCGAUCCACAGACGACGCAUGUGGUAGGGACGCUAGGUUAUCUUGCACCAGAGAUUGCUAGAACUAGUAAGCCAACUCCGAGCACGGAUGUGUUUGCUUUUGGGGCGUUUAUGCUUGAAGUGGCUUGUGGGAGGAGGCCUAUAGAGCCACAAGCAUCGGGUGAGGACGUUAUUUUGAUUGAUUGGGUGUUGUCGUUUUGGAGCAGAGGGGCAAUUCUUGAUGCAGCAGAUCCAAAAUUGGGUGGUGAUUAUGUGGUUGAGGAAAUGGAUUUACUAUUGAAGCUUGGCCUUGUUUGCUGUAGCUCAAUUCCGAGAGGUAGGCCGACCAUGCGUCAAGUAUUGGAGUUUCUGAACGGCGAUGCCCCUCUUCCGGACCCGUUGUUGGUUAGUGCCAGUGGUCUUAUAUUUACAGGCGGUGAAGGCUUCAACGAGUUUGCUAUCUCGUUGGCAGAGUCUCUCCUCUCCACAGGUCGUUAGUUUAAUUAAUCAGCA